UUGAAGUGAUAGCCUGCCACCUAUGUUUACCUGACAUCUGGCAGAGUCUGAUUAGACUUUCCACUGCCUCUACUAAAGGAUUUUCCCAACAGAACCAGCAGCUUAAUGAGAUCAUGAUUUUAGAAGGAACUGGCAGAAUGAGUCUUAAUUCUGUUACAAGUCUUCUCCAUGAACAACCGUCCUGGACAGAUGGGUAUCCCACAUGUAAUGUAGCAGGCAGUUUUUUUGGAACUCAGUGGCAUGAAAUACAUCCUCAAUAUUGGACGAAGUACCAGGUCUGGGAAUGGCUCCAGCAUCUCUUGGACACCAAUCAGUUGGAUGCCUCCUGUAUUCCUUUCCAGGAGUUUGAUAUCAAUGGAGAACACUUGUGCAAUAUGAAUUUGCAAGAUUUCACUCGAGCCGCUGGCACAGCUGGACAGCUUCUUUAUAGCAACCUUCAGCAUCUGAAGUGGAAUGGUCAAUGUGGAAGUGAAAUGUACCCAUCACACAAUGUCAUUGUUAAGACAGAACAAGCAGAUUCAUCUGUAAUGUCGUCAUGGAAAGGAGAUAAUUAUUUCUAUGAUAAUGGAUAUGGUGGCACAGUAGAAUUACUGGACAGCAAGGCCUACUGUCGAGCACAGAUUUCAAUCAAUGCUUCUACUCACCAAGCUGCUGAAGGUUCUGCCGAUAUUAAAAAAACACAAGACCAUCUUCCAAAAUCCCACAACAAGAAGCACACUCCUCGAGGAACUCACUUGUGGGAAUUUAUCCGAGACAUUCUCCUGCAUCCAGAGAAGAACCCAGGGUUAAUAAAAUGGGAAGAUCGGACUGAAGGUGUCUUCAGAUUCCUAAAAUCAGAGGCGGUGGCUCAACUGUGGGGGAAGAAGAAAAACAAUAGCAGCAUGACAUAUGAGAAACUUAGCCGUGCCAUGAGAUAUUAUUACAAAAGAGAAAUUCUAGAACGAGUUGAUGGUCGAAGAUUGGUAUAUAAGUUUGGAAAGAAUGCCCGUGGAUGGAGAGAAAAUGAGAACUAGAGACAUCUUUUUAAAAAAGCCCUCUCCACAUCAUGACAAACAGGAAUUGCUUGUGGAUGUAAAUAUUUCAAAGACUCUUUUCUUCUAUUUAUGUACAAGAAUGGAAGGGAUCUACAUCUAGAGGGGAAAAGGAAUGUUAUAGUUUAUUGGUGUUAAAAUUAUUAUAUUUGAUAUGUCCUUUUGUUGGGAAGAGUACACAGUUUUCUGUGACUUAUGAUAGAGCUAUAUGAUUGUGUUUGGUUUUGCUUUCUUGUGAAGACGUUGUAUUCCAGGAGAAAUGUGAUUUUUAACAAUGCUGUGAGAGAUGGGAUAUAUGAUGUGAUAUAAUGGAAAGAAAUCAAAGGGCAUUAUUUUUUACUAAGGAGCUUACAAAUAAGGCCUAUUGUUUCAUCAAAUGAGAAAAAUGAGCAUGUUUCUUUUAUUUCUUUACAAGGCUUGCUUGAAGAGAAUGGCUUAGUUCAAAAGAUUUGUCUUUUCAGGGAUAACUGAGUAGGUAUAGGAAGGAAGCAAAUGAAAUGUAUGGACUGUGUUUUUUGUUGGCUACAUAGUACUAUACUGCUUCUUGAUUUAUGCCUUCCCCGCCCCCUCCCACACAAAUGUGAUUUAUGGAUGGGCAGAAUCUUUCGAUUCUUGAAAGGAAGACUCAUUAAAGUAGCUAUCAUGUGCGCUUAGAGAUCCAUGACUUUAAUGAAAGGGACCUUUUUAGGGCUUUUUGAAACCAUAUUUCGCUAAGCUUUGGUUCACAAUAUAGUUUUGCAGUCAUGGUCACUGUCAGUGUGUUAGAUCAGUAGUAGACAUAGUGCCAAAAAUAUCAGGGAAGGUCAAUUUUAUGGUGAAAUCAAUGUUGUAACUAUUAUAUGGGGAGAUUUAUUGAGGGUUUGGGUGUUUAUUGAUAUUUAUUGAACUGUUGUAAGCCACACUGAAUCCUGUGACUCAGGGUGGGUGCAGGAUAUAAGUCUAAAAUAAAGGUUGUGGUAAGGCCAGCUUUAAA